UGGGAAUCACGUCGACAAUUCUUCACGUUCUCCCCUCACACAGACGUGAAUCUAGCGGAUUUAACCUCAAUUCUCAGUGAAGCGGAACACGUCUGACAACAGACAAAUCAUUUUUGUAAAAUCUGUUCUGAAAAAUUAAAUUAGCCACUAAACAUAUCAAUUUGACAACCUCCGGGUUUUUUUUAAUUGAGGGAUUAUUAUUGUGGAGGCCAUGAGUGAUUUUGGAGUUGAGACAUGAUUUUCAAAAGUAAACAAGGAAAAACAGGAGACUCUUGAGGGAUUGUUGUAAUAGUGACUUUCAUUGGAGGUUGACGAGAUCAAAUACCCUGGAACUUGUUGAAUGGCAAACAAUCACUCUCCGCUGAAGAUGUUGAUCAACGCACUCUCGCCUCACUCAUGCCUCGAAGACACCCCUGAAUAAACCCCCCACUAUCGAAUAUCAUAAAUAACCACACAAAGAUGAACAGCAUCUCAGGACAAUUUCGCAAGACAACGUGGGACCCCCUGCUGAUAAUAUCCCAGAUAACAGCAGUCCAGACGGUCCUGUACUUCUCCCUGGGCAUUUGGAUCUGGAUAAUAACGAUGUUCUUAGGAGCAACUAGAUCACUGGACUACGCAUUCCACUACAAAGAGAUUCACGUGAGGGAUCACGGGGGUAGAUUAGUCAUCGCAAUAUUCGUGAUGAAUUCGUUGGUCGGGGCUUUGGCUCUCUGGUGGCUCGUCCAGAGGACAAAACAGUGCAUGGACUUCACCUGCACUGCCCACUUGAUCCACUUACUCUGUUGCUGGGGCUACAACUCGAGUUUUCCCACUACUUUCAGCUGGUGGUGCCUCAACAUCGUGUCGAUGACCAUCAUGUGUGUCUGUGGCGAAUUUCUGUGCAUGAGGACUGAACUCAAGGCCAUUCCUUUGGGCAUGAACAGUCAGAAAACUGCCUUGUAAUUUUUUUUUUUGAGGAAGAUGAGAUUGUGACGAGAAAGGGGUGAAUUGAAGAUAAUAAAUUUUGUUAAAAAUUU